AUGCUGGAUUGGAUUACUGGGCAGGACGACCCAGUCGCAGCAGAUAACUCGAAGGUCCUCGAGCCCCCUGAAACCCCAGCCCCUGUCUUCGCCAUCCGCGCAUUUAAGAGCGCCUUGUUUGGAACCCCCAGUGCCGAGGACGACGACGAAAUCACCAAGACCGAGAGGGAGAUGAACUCGGACAAUAAGCCAGCCGACCAGCCACGCCGCCAGAGCGAGGCAUUAAAACUGCCUGCCUCUGAGGUGGCGGGAGAUAUCCUGAAGCCGCCGAAGACGGACAAAGACGCGACCGCGACCGCGAUGGCUUCACCCACUAAAAGCAUCCUCAUGACACCCGGGACGACAUCCAAUCGACGCAAGACGGUCUCCUUUGGCGACAGUGUAGUCGACAAUGAGCGGAAACGCGACGAUCAGUGUGCGAAAAUUACGAAGACACCUAUCCCAUCUUCCGGUAGUCUGAGUAGUCAGUGGUCGGCGGGUUCGUCAGGAGGGAAGUCAAAACCGCGGAGCAAGCUGACUCAAGCUUUGAUGGACUCCCGUGAACAGUCCCCGAAGGACAUGGACCCUGUUGCACAGAAGGCGAAUGAAAAGCCUGGACCGGCCGAGUCGAAGGCAGCGUCGACUCCGGCGGAAGAAGACACGGGUGACGAGACAAUUAACCUCAACGAGCCUCGCUCGCAGUCCGGCAAAUACUGGAAAUCAGAGUUUGAUAACUAUCGGACCAAGACUACACGGGAGAUUCGACGGCUUAUUCAGUAUCGUUCCGCAGCGAAGUCUUACGCCCGGAAGAAGGAUACGGAAGCUCAGCGCUUAGCUGACAAGCUCCGCGAGGAGGAAGAGAAGGUGGCCGAGAUGGAACGUCAUGUAACGCAGCUUGCGUCUACAAUGGCCGGAGAAAGCUCCAACGCGGACAAGGAGAAACUGGUCCAGGAACUCACCAAGCAGACGGCUCUCGCCUUGCAGUACAAACACCGGGUUGGGUUAUUGCGCAAGUUGCUGGAGAAGCACGGUGUUGUCGGCGGUGAGAUGGACGAGAUUGCGGGUCCCCCGGAAGAGGAGAGGCCUCCAAGCGAUACCGCACGAGAGCUGCGUAAAACCCAGCAGGCACUGGAACAAGCCAAGGCGAAGAUCGAAGAGAUGGAGCACCAACAAUUGGAUUUCGGCAAACUCCGAGAUCUCGCCCAGAGCUCAGAGCAAAAAGCUUCAGAACUAGCGAAAGAGAACGCUACUCUCAAACAGACAUUGGCGCGCUUUAAGCAGGAGAUGACCAAGUACGAGGGACGGCGAAAAGAAAAGGAGGCAAAGCUGAAACAAAGAGAGGCCAAGCUGGAGACUCGCAUCCAGGAGUACCGCGAAAGAUUGAAGGCUGCCUCUCAAGAGCGUCGCGAGCUGGAACAGGACCUCAAAGAUUCCUUUGAAGAAGAACGCCGCCGAAUGCAGGAGCAAAUCGAUAUGCUCAAGUUGAAAGUGACCACCAUCGAGCGUCUCCCCGAAAUCCGCGCGCGGACUCGCUAUUCUGACAGUCCUCGCAGGGGCUACACAGGAGUGCAGGUUUAUGACUUUGGGCACAACAGCCCGCAGAAAGAGCACCAGGAUGAGACAGAAGAGAUCGAGGAGCCGCCGAGUCCAAGCCCGCGCGCGAAAGAUCGACGCUCUCAACCAAGGACUGCUCUUGGCGAACUCGAUCUCAAAAAGUACGCGAAAGCGUUAGGCCUCGAUGACACCAACGAGCGGCUUGCGUACCUUGAUGAGUCUCCUCGCAAACAUCAUACAGCGGACGCUCAUUAUGAAGAUACUGUCGCACCAUCAUCGCCCCCUGCCCCUUCUACUCUCGACACUACUAGAGCCCGCGCUGCAAAGCAACGGUCCAAUCUCGAAGCCUAUCAAACAUAUGCUCCAUCGCAUACCACCAUGUCAUCUCUGGCCCGUCAACUCGCAAAGCUCGAUGACAGCCAGCAAGUCCGCACCGAGCGUUUCCGAACCCGUCGGUCACCCGUGAAAUACAGCCUAGACACCAUGGCCGGAUUACCGGAGAUGAAAUUUCUCGAUCGGCCAAGGCGACGACAGAGCCUGGCCUCCAUGCAACGCGAAUCUCUCCCUAUAGACAGGAGACUCGCGGCACAAGCCCGACUCAAACGCCGUGACGAAAGCCGAAAGGGCCAAGAGGGAAAGGAGAACGCUCGAGCGGUCAAUAAUUAA